CCUCAGUUCAGAGUCAAGGAAGCGUCUUUGGGGAGCGGAAGUGCCGCCAUUGUCCGCGGCCAUGGGCUCCUCGAAGCGGCACCGGGAGCGGGGCGAGGCCCCUGAGGAGAAUCCGCCUCCUUCCUCCGGAGCUCCGCCGCCCUCCUCGUCCUCCUCCUCGUCCUCGUCCCGGCACCACCGGGAGCACAAGAAGCACAAGCACCGCAGCGGAGGAGGGGGAGGCGGAGGGGGCGGAGGAGGAGGGAGCAGCGGCGCCGGGAGCAAGCGCAGCGGGAGCCGGGCCGAGCGGAGCCGACAGCGGGGAGGAGGCGGAGGAGGAGAAGAAGGCCCGCCCUCGGCCUCGUCGUCGUCCUCGCAGCGGAGGCAGGAGGGCGAGCGGAGGCCCAAGAGGGAGAAGCGCGGAGAGGCCCACGAGCAGGCCCCACAGGGAGCAACAUCCAGCUCCAAGUCUUCCUCGGGAGAUGCUUCGCUCAGCAUCGAAGAGACAAAUAAACUCCGAGCGAAACUCGGGCUGAAGCCUCUGGAAAUAAAUUCCAUCAAAAAGGAAACAGGCAGCAAGGAGGACCCGGUGGCGGCCGAGGUCAUCAACCCGAUUGUCUUGAGGCAGCGAGAGGAGAUCCGGGAAAAGCUCGCGGCCGCCAAAGAGAAGCGCCUCCUCAACCAGAAAUUGGGGAAGGUCAAGUCCCUCGGCGAAGAUGACCCCUGGCUGGACGACACAGCGGCCUGGAUCGAGAGGAGCCGCAAGCUGCAGGUGGAGAAGGAGCUGGCCGAGAAGAGGGCCAAGCUCUUGGAAGAGAUGGACCAGGAGUUUGGGAUCAGCAGCCUCGUGGAAGAGGAAUUUGGGCAGAAGAAGAAGGUGGGCUACAGCUCCCGGGACCUGAAGGGCCUGACGGUGGAGCACACCAUCGACUCCUUCCAGGAAGGGGAGACGGUCAUCCUGACCCUCAAAGACAAAGGCGUCUUGGAGGAGAAGGGUGGCGACGUCUUGGUGAACGUCAACAUGGUGGACCAUGAGAAGGCCAAGAAGAACGCGGAGCUGCGCAAGAAGAAGGCCGAGUACAAGCCUUACGAGGAGGAGGAGAGCGUGGACGACAUGGUGAUGUUGAAGCACAAGGGCGUCCUGUCCAAGUAUGACGAGGAGAUUGAGGGGGAGCGGAAGAAGUCCUUCAAGCUGGACGCAGUUGGGAUGGCCGACGGCUCCUGGGAGCGGGAGCUGCAGCAGAUCCGGGACAACCUGCAGAACCGGGCCCAGACCCUCGACGUGCCCGGCCUCCGACUGGCAGCGGAGUACUUCACCCCGGAAGAGAUGGACGUCACCUUCAAGAAGACCAAGCGGCGGGUGAAGAAGAUCCGCAAGAAGGAGAAGCCGGUGAAGGCCGCCGACCUCCUUCCCUUGAACGACGAGGGCAGCAACGACCGGGAUUUCGGCUCCAGGAUCCGAGGCCGGGGGAGGAGGAAGGUUUCUCUGGAGGAGGAAGACGAAGGCGGGGAAGAGAGGUACGGAUACGCUCGGAACGGAGCUGCGGAGGAAGUGCCCCCGUCGGACGACCUCCGAGUCGAGAGAAUGGAGAUCAGCAGCGACGAAGACGACACGUUCCGGGGCGCCGAUUCUCCGACCGUUUUGGAGGAAGACGAAGCCGAGCAGGAGCUGCAGAAACAGCUGGAGAAAGGGAGGAAGCUGAGGCAGAUCCAGCAGCUGAAGGACAGCGGGGAAAAGGUCAUAGAAAUAGUGAAGAAGCUGGACACCGGCCGGAGCCAGGAGGACGACGAGGAGCUGGAGAAGAAAGGCGCCAUUGUCUUCAACGCCACCUCCGAGUUCUGCCGGACGCUGGGCGAGAUCCCCACCUACGGCUUGGCCGGGAACCGCGAGGACCAGGAGGAGCUCAUGGAUUUUGAGCGGGAUGACGAGCGGUCAGCCAACGGGGGCUCCGAUUCGGACGGCGAGGAGAACAUUGGCUGGAGCACGGUCAACUUGGACGAGGAGAAGCAGCAACAGGACUUUUCGGCUUCCUCCACCACCAUCUUGGACGAAGAGCCCAUUGUCAACCGGGGUCUGGCGGCAGCCCUGAUGCUUUGCCAGAACAAAGGUCUGCUCGAAACCACCGUCCAGAAAGUGGCCCGGGUCAAGGCACCCAAUAAGUCGCUCCCGUCGGCCGUCUACUGCAUCGAGGACAAAAUGGCCAUCGACGACAAAUACAGCCGUCGGGAGGAGUACCGGGGCUUCACGCAGGACUUCAAGGAGAAGGACGGCUACAAGCCGGACGUCAAGAUCGAAUACGUAGACGAGACUGGGCGCAAGCUCACGCCCAAGGAGGCUUUCCGGCAGCUCUCCCACCGAUUCCACGGCAAAGGCUCCGGCAAGAUGAAGACAGAGCGGCGCAUGAAGAAGCUGGACGAGGAGGCGGUGAGGCAUCCGUUAAAUGCGGAGUAA